UCCAUCUCUCCUGCCAAACCCGGAGACAUAUUUAGACAGGACCAGGUGGGGGCAGAGGGGUGCCAACCUCAGGGGCAGCUCCGAUUCCCUCCCCGCCCCCUGCUCCUAUUCCUCCUCCUGACCCUUUUUCUCUUGGCUCUGUCGGCAGUUUCUCCAGGACCCAGCAGCGUCCUCUGUCCACUGCUCUGGGCCGUUCCCCACCCCACCCCCACUGUGAGCCCCUAACUCAGGACUCGGGACCCAGGGGCCCCUCCUUACCCCAGCUUACCUCUUCUGGACCAGGAGAGCCGACCCAGAUCCCACUACCUCCAUGCGCGCUGCAGACAGGAUGGGGGCCAGAGCUGUGCCGGGCCUGCGGCUGGCACUGCUGCUACUGCUGGUGCUAGGGACCCCCAAGUCAGGGGUGCAGGGGGAGGAAGGGCUGGACUUCCCCGAGUAUGAUGGUGUGGACCGUGUGGUCAAUGUCAACGCAAAGAACUACAAGAAUGUGUUCAAGAAGUAUGAGGUGCUGGCGCUGCUCUACCACGAGCACCCCGAGGACGACAAGGCCUCGCAGAGACAAUUUGAGUUGGAGGAGCUGAUCCUGGAGUUAGCAGCUCAAGUCCUAGAAGACAAAGGUGUUGGCUUUGGGAUGGUGGACUCUGAGAAGGACGCGGCUGUAGCCAAGAAACUAGGACUAACUGAAGAGGACAGCAUUUAUGUAUUCAAGGGAGAUGAAGUCAUUGAGUAUGAUGGCGAGUUUUCUGCUGACACCCUGGUGGAGUUUAUGCUUGAUGUCCUAGAGGAUCCUGUGGAACUGAUUGAUGGGGAACGAGAGCUGCAGGCAUUUGAGAAUAUCGAAGAUGAGAUCAAACUCAUUGGCUACUUCAAGAGCAAAGACUCAGAGCAUUACAAAGCCUACGAGGAUGCAGCGGAGGAGUUUCAUCCCUACAUCCCCUUCUUCGCCACCUUCGACAGCAAGGUGGCAAAGAAGCUGACCCUGAAGCUAAAUGAGAUCGAUUUCUACGAGGCCUUCAUGGAAGAGCCUGUGACCAUCCCAGACAAGCCCAACAGCGAAGAGGAGAUCGUCAACUUCGUGGAGGAGCACAGAAGAUCAACCCUGAGGAAGCUGAAGCCUGAGAGUAUGUAUGAGACCUGGGAGGACGAUCUCGAUGGAAUCCAUAUUGUGGCCUUUGCAGAGGAAGCCGAUCCUGAUGGCUAUGAGUUCUUAGAGACCCUCAAGUCUGUGGCCCGAGAUAACACUGAUAACCCUGAUCUUAGCAUCAUCUGGAUUGACCCUGAUGACUUCCCCCUGCUGGUUCCUUACUGGGAGAAGACGUUUGACAUCGACCUGUCAGCCCCACAAAUAGGGGUCGUCAAUGUUACUGAUGCGGACAGCAUAUGGAUGGAGAUGGAUGACGAAGAGGACCUGCCUUCUACCGAGGAGCUGGAGGACUGGCUGGAGGAUGUGCUCGAGGGUGAAAUCAACACAGAGGAUGAUGAUGACGAUGAUGACGAUGACGAUGAUGACUAGCUGCUGUAACAGCUAUCUCCCAGCUCCAGCUGCUCUCGUCAUGCUCCCUCCUGCCUUCCCUGUCCUUCCCUGAGCUCUUCCAGGGACACUAGGUCAUUCUCUGCCAUGGCGCCCACUGGGGUCUGCAUGUUGGGUGCUGAGAUCCUGAUCCUCCUCACCUGAUAAGGAAAGGAGCUGCUUUUCACACACCAGCCCAGCUAUCUCAUCUGACUUCUGUUUCCUCUCCCACAAAGUCCCUGUAUCUAUUAUUUGUUUCUUCCAUCACUCCCUACACGCUUUCUUGUGACUUCCCUCUUGCCAUAUCUAUAGGCUCCCAUCUCUCUUCUGCUCCCUCCACCUAAACAUACUCUUCCCUUACUCUCCCAAAUCCUAUAUCCUUCUGACUUUCCUAUCCCUGGCCAGGAGGACAGGAGGGUACUGUGUUUCGGGCUGUAUCUCAGCAAUCUCUUGUUAAUGUAUUUGGGUCAAAUGAGAGACCUCAAUAAAGGAACUGGGGCAGCAUGA